AUGUCUUCGGUCAAGGCAGAACCUACUAUGCUUGGUGUUUGUAAGAAAGAGGUUCUACCUCAUAUCGUCGAUAAAAUCGCUGCGAAAGAACCAGAAGCUAUCUUCGCCGAAUACCCGGUCCUUCCCACUAGCUACGAGUCCGGCUAUCAGAAAUUUUCAUAUGGCACCUUUGCCAAUGCAAUCAAUGGUGUAGCUUGGUGGCUCCUAGAGAAUCUUGGUCCUGGAAAAGACUUCCCUGCCUUGGCCUAUAUUGGUCCCAAUGAUAUCCUCGUCAAUGCAUUUUUAUUGGGAGCUGUCAAGGCUGGGUACAAGACAUUUCUCACAUCACCACGAAACAGCAUUCGUGCGCAAGAGAAUCUAUUUACGUUUGCUGAAUGCAAGAUUUUAGUCACGACAAGCCCUCAACCGGCUCAACUUCAACCAAUGAUUACUGCUCUUUCAUCGAUGGGCAUCCGAAUUUUGGAGCUGACACAAAAGCCUCACCCACAUUUUCCGUAUUGGAAAACCUUUGAAGCUGCUCGAGACGAACCAUUCGCCGUCCUACAUACUUCUGGAACCAUGGAAUUACCAAAACCUAUUGUGUGGACUCAUGAUUAUUAUGCUACCUCACUACUGAACCCUGAGCCACCCGCUGGUUUUAUAAACCUGGCGAGUUUAUACGUUGGUGUCCGUAUAUUCAACACAUUACCAUAUUUCCAUGCAGCUGGUGUUUUCUUUGGCUUGGUCAACUCAGUCUACAACCGCAGCGUUGCCAUAUAUCCCAUCGUCGGCUUUCCCUCAGUUAGUUUAUUGAUCGAUGGGCUCAAGCAUACCAAAGGCGACAUAGCAAUUCUCGUGCCACCAUAUGUCAUUGGAGACUGA